GUAACUUUAAAAGGAUUUAAAGCCUUAAGUGUUUUAUUGAAGUCAAUUUAAGUUAAAGAACUUGGUACACAAGACCAUCAGCAGCAUCAUUAUCUUUCUCCAUAACUCCUCCUUAUUUGCUUCAUUACUUGUAACAACAAAUAUAAUUAAUAACAAAAUGGAGUAUAAAUUAAUAACCGAAGAUCGCUAUGAUGAUGUUAUACGUCAUUUAAGAGAUAACUUUUUUGCCGAUGAGCCACUCAAUAAAGCGGCAGGACUUUGUAGUCGUGGCAUGGGUCAUCAAGACUUGGAACAUCAUAGUCUAGAAACUUUAGAAGAUAAUUUAAGUUUAAUGGCGGUAAAUGAAAAUAAUGAGAUUGCUGGAGUUAUUUUAAAUGGUAUUUUACAUCCUGGCGAUAUAGAGAGUUCUCAAAAGAAACUGGAACUAAAUGAUGAUGAAAAAUUUAAGAAAAUCUUUAAACUUUUAUAUACAUUAAAUUUAAAGGAAAAUGUUUUUAAACAUUUUCAAGUAGAUAAGGCUUUUGAUGUGCGCAUUUUAUCGGUGGAUAGCGCCUAUAGGGGUCAGGGUAUAGCCAAGGAAUUGGUUAAACACAGUGAGGAUAUAGCCAAAGAAUAUGAGUUUAAGCUUAUGAAAGCUGAUGCCACGGGUAUAUUUUCACAAAAAAUCUUAAAAUCUAGUGGUUUUGAGGUUUUACUAGAACAGUAUUAUAAUAAAUAUGUGGAUGAAUUCGGUCAGCCUAUUUUGAAAGUGGAGGCUCCACAUAUUAAACUACAAUUGUUGUAUAAGUUAUUAAAUUAAAAUAUUUUUUAGUUUAAGUUUUUUUUUAAGCAAAAAGUCUAAUUUUCCAAAACGUUGGAAAAUGGGGUUUUGAAUUUUUUUUGAUACAAGUUCCAGAGUUAAUGUUACUAUUUUAUAUACCAAAAAAUGAACGUAAAUAUUUAAUAACGAUAUAUUAAACAAGCGAGUCCAUAUAUUAAUAUAUAUUUUAUAAUAGCUUUAAGACAAUAACUAAAACAAUAAUAAAAGGAAUUUUGAGAUUUAUUUUAAAUUUAUAUAAAAAAAUAUUA